UGAACACGGCAUUGGCCUUAACAUCAUCUCUCUAUCUCCAAGUCUCCUCCUAAUAAUUGUAGAGAGCCCAAGGGAUAUAAGUUGUGGUGAUUCUAUCUCUUAACACAUUCUGGGAUCACCUCUUUCCUUUUUUAUCUUUUCCCCCUAAAAAAGAAUACUUUGGUUAUUCUACAGAGAUUGUUGGGGCACUAAUAAUGUGGAGAAUUUUUCGAAGGCGUGGAGGCGUUUGUGGCCAACAAGGAGAUAAUGAAGGCCUUUUGGUGCAAACUAAGGUUCGGCAGUUCACUUACUCACAGUUGAAAAUUAUGACCGGCAAAUUCAAACAUGUAAUUGGUGGAGGAGGAUUUGGGUCUGUGUAUUGUGGUCGGUUAGAAGAUCGUAGUCGGGUCGCGGUGAAAAUGCGGUCGCAACGAUCUUCGCAAGGGCUCAAGCACUUUCUUGCCGAGGUUAACAUUUUAUCGAAAGUGUAUCAUAGGAACCUCGUGUCGCUAGUCGGUUAUUGCAUGGAUAGAGAUUGCCUUGCGCUCGUCUAUGAGUACAUGGCCCAAGGAAGCCUUCAAGAUCGUCUAAGAGGUGAAAGGGGCAUUGUCAACGUAUUGACUUGGAGAGUGCGGCUUCAAAUUGCACUUGAAGUUGCAAAAGGACUGGAAUAUCUGCAUGCUGGAUGCAAGCUUCCGAUAGUCCACAGAGGGGUCACAAGCAGCAACAUUCUUCUAGAUGAAAAUCUAGAGGCUAAGUUAUCUGAUUUUGGCCUGGCCAGAGAGUUCGCAGCUAGUUCAGAGAUGCAAUCGUCGGUGACGGGCGUUGCUGGUACCAUAGGCUACCUUGAUCCGGAGUACAUGUUUACUGGCGUAUUUAGUGAUAAGAGUGAUGUGUAUAGCUUUGGCGUGGUUCUAUUGGAGAUAAUUACGAGUCAACGCCCAUAUACACCAGGAGAAGAUGCUCCGGGAGGUCACAUAGUUCGGCUAGUGUCCGAGAUGCUCGCUAGGGGCGGUUUUCAUGAUGUUGUUGAUGCCAGGCUGCAAGGGAAUUAUAACAUUGAGUCUGUUUCUAAGGUCAUAGAUCUUGCGAUGCGGUGCACAGAAGAAGCCUCGUCUCGACGACCAACGAUGGAACAAGUGGUGGCGCAGCUGAAGGAGAGCUUGGAACUGGAGAUAUUACCUGGAGAGGGGAGCGACUACCUGUUCAGUGAAGACAACUACGCCAGUCAAAAUAGUGACUUUGAACAAACACCAAUUAUUGCGAGAUAAAGAGUUCUCUUCUCUCCACAAUCUAAAGUGCGGCUUGAGCAAUAUACAUCCAAAUAUCCAGAUUGAGGUUGGAACAUAACAGGGCAUAUAUGUAGCCUUCAAUGUACUGUGUAAUAUGAGAUCUCCAUAUCUACAUAUGUAGUAAGUAUAUCCUCCCCUUCUUGUAUUACUUCUUGGGUGUCGGUGUAUUCUUGUCAGACAACUGCGACAGCAUAGAGUUCAGUUUAUAUAUGUUUAUUCAUUCUGUAUGUCUUUAUUUGUGCGUGUAUGUAUAUGUGCAUCAGUGUUGGACCUGCAGAUCUAGAAGUUGAGCUGUUAGAUUCUACGUGCCUGAUCAUUUGUAGCUUUGCUAAUCUAUGGAGCUGAUACAUACAACUGUUGAAUCAAUAUAUUCGAGUCUUUUCCGUGUGACACUUUCAA